AUGUUCCGUCUCGCAGGGAACGGGAGCCUCUUGUUAUCCUUCGAGCCGCUUCCUUACCAUACCGAUAUCCAGACUGUUCUCUCCAUGUUCGAAUCUUGGGAUGCUCAAGAUGGGAAGGAGACGGAUUACCUGCUCUACUGCAUGCGCCAGAGGCUGGAUUGGAUCAUGGAGCACGGAGUGCCGGGAGAUCGACUCGAGGCAGCAGAAAUCUUGGAAAGGCUGAAGUGUAUGCGUCUUGAGGAUCCCGCGCCGGGAGGCAGAGAUUGCGGCGUAGUCUUCAAGGCUAUAGAGCCGAUGCAGCCCAACAUCGGGGGCAACGGGAGCCCGGGUGCCUGGAAGCCGUUCAAGAGGAAGGAUCAGUUGAGAGAGAUGAGAGAAUGUUUUCAUCGGCGGAAAAUGCCUGUUUUGGCUCGGAAGAUCGAAGCUUACGGCAUAUACGCUCGGGUGAAGACCCUGAUCGAGAGACACGAGAGCAGAGAUACGGAUGGGGAGCUCACUGAGGAGCAGCUGGCACUUGUCGAUGCGUUGCUCGCAGAACGAUCAGAUGACGAGAAGGACCGAGAGCGUGCGCUCGGCAAGGCAUUGAGGAAGCACGCGCCUUUCUGGGAACAAUAG